AUGAAGCAGGAGGAGCUGGCUGACCGUCUGCAGAGCAAACUUGAAGCUGCAGUUUGUCAUCGUAACCUUAAGUCUGCUCUGAAGAAGAAGUUCCAGUGUGUGUUUGAGGGCAUCGCUAAAGCAGGAAACCCAACCCUUCUGAAUCAGAUCUACACAGAGCUCUACAUCACAGAGGGAGGGACUGCAGAGGUCAAUGAUGAACAUGAGGUCAGACAGAUUGAAACAGCAUCCAGGAAACCAGACAGACCAGAAACAACAAUCAGACAAGAAGACAUCUUUAAAGCCUCACCUGGAAGAGAUGAACCAAUCAGAACAGUGCUGACAAAGGGAGUGGCUGGCAUUGGGAAAACAGUCUUAACACAGAAAUACACCCUGGACUGGGCUGAAGACAAAGCCAACCAGGACUUCCAGUUCAUAUUUCCAUUCACUUUCAGAGAGCUGAAUGUGCUGAAAGAGGAAAAGUUCAGCUUGGUGGAACUUGUUCAUCACUUCUUUACUGAAACCAAAGAAGCAGGAAUCUGCAGCUUUGAAGACUUCCAGGUUGUGUUCAUCUUUGAUGGUCUGGAUGAGUGUCGACUUCCUCUGGACUUCCACAAAACUACAAUCCUAACUGACCCUAGAAAGUCCACCUCAGUGGAUGUGCUGCUGAUAAACCUCAUCAGGGGGAAACUGCUUCCCUCUGCUCGCCUCUGGAUAACCACACGACCUGCAGCAGCCAAUCAGAUCCCUCCUUACUGUGUUGACAUGGUGACAGAGGUCAGAGGGUUCACUGACCCACAGAAGGAGGAGUACUUCAGGAAGAGAUUCAGAGAUGCGGAGCAGGCCAGCAGGAUCAUCUCCCACAUCAAGACAUCACGAAGCCUCCACAUCAUGUGCCACAUCCCAGUCUUCUGCUGGAUCACUGCUACAGUUCUGGAGGAUGUGCUGGAAACCAGAGAGGGAGGACAGCUGCCCAAGACCCUGACUGAGAUGUACAUCCACUUCCUGGUGGUUCAGGUCAAAGUGAAGAAGGUCAAGUAUGAUGGAGGAGCUGAGACAGAUCCACACUGGAGUCCAGAGAGCAGGAAGAUGAUUGAGUCUCUGGGAAAACUGGCUUUUGAUCAGCUGCAGAAAGGAAACCUGAUCUUCUAUGAAUCAGACCUGACAGAGUGUGGCAUCGAUAUCAGAGCAGCCUCAGUGUACUCAGGAGUGUUCACACAGAUCUUUAAAGAGGAGAGAGGACUGUACCAGGACAAGGUGUUCUGCUUCAUCCAUCUGAGUGUUCAGGAGUUUCUGGCUGCUCUUUAUGUCCAUCUGACCUUCAUCAACUCUGGACUCAAUCUGCUGGAAGAGGAACAAACAACCUCGAUGUUGCCUAAAUUAUUUAACAAACCAAAACUCCAAUCUCUCCAUCAGAGUGCUGUGAACAAGGCCUUACAGAGUCCAAAUGGACACCUGGACUUGUUCCUCCGCUUCCUCCUGGGUCUUUCACUGCAGACCAAUCAGACUCUCCUACGAGGUCUGCUGACGCAGACAGGAAGUAGCUCACAGACCAAUCAGAAAACAGUCCAGUACAUCAAGGAGAAGCUCAGUGAGAAUCUGUCUGCAGAGAAAAGCAUCAAUCUGUUCCACUGCCUGAAUGAACUGAAUGAUCGUUCUCUAGUGGAGGAGAUCCAACAGUCCCUGAGAUCAGGAAGUCUCUCCACAGAUAAACUGUCUCCUGCUCAGUGGUCAGCUCUGGUCUUCAUCUUACUGUCAUCAGAAAAAGAUCUGGAUGUGUUUGACCUGAAGAAAUACUCUGCUUCAGAGGAGGCUCUUCUGAGGCUGCUGCCAGUGGUCAAAGCCUCCAACAAAGCUCUACUGAGUGGCUGUAACCUCUCAGAGAGAAGCUGUGAUGCUCUGUCCUCAGUUCUCAACUCCCAGUCCUCUAGUCUGAAAGACCUGGACCUGAGUAACAAUGACCUACGGGAUUCAGGAGUGAAGCUUCUGUCUGCUGCACUGCAGAGUCCACAUUGUACACUGGAAACUCUCAGACUGAGUCGCUGUGACCUGUCAGAGAGAAGCUGUGAAGCUCUGUCCUCAGGUCUCAGCUCUCAGACCUCUAAUCUGAGACAGCUGGACCUGAGUAACAUUAACCUGAAGGAUUCAGGCGUGAAGCUUCUGUCUGAAGGACUGAAGAGUCCACACUGUACACUGGAAACUCUCAGAUCCUGAAGCAGAAAGCCUGGGUUAACAGAGAAAUGAUCAUCACUGUGAUGAUGCUCAUCAUCUCUGACUGGG